ACAUCCCAACAUUCAACUAUCUUUAUUUUCUCUACUGCGUAUUUCUCUCUACAAACCGAAACUUUUUUUUUAUCAUGAGUUCCCCUAAUAGAGAAGCGAAUGAGAGGCAACAAGAAGAUGAUGAUACACAAUGGGAGAAUGAGUGCCAACUUGACCGCGAGCGUCAACAGAUGAUGGUGACGGCAACAUCAUUUAUGUUCCAAGAGCAAGCAUCUUCAUCUCGACAUCGUUCACAUCCACGUAAAUCAGUAAGACGUAACAGGGUUGAAGCACACUGACGCUUGAUGCAACAAUAUUUCGUUCCCAAUCCGACCUACGAUGCUAGGUUCUUCAGAAGGAGAUUUCGGAUGCCCCUGCCCUUGUUCAACCGAGUAUUAAAUGGCAUUGUUCAAUACGACUCCUACUUUCAGCAAGGCCAAGAUGCUUUUGGUCGCCUAUCAUUCUCCCCAGAGCAAAAAGCUUACUACUUCCCUCCGGAUGCUUGCAAAUGGAUGCUCAGCCGACUCCUUAGAUGAGGCAUUUGAAAUGGGUGAGACCACUGUACUUCAAUGCAUGCGGAAGUUUUGUAAUGCCAUAAUCUGCCUCUAUGGCCCUGAGUACUUGGGAGCACCAAAUGUGGAGGAUCUUCGCCGCCUUCUCAAUCACAGUCACCAACGUGGCUUCCCGGGUAUGAUAGGCUCGAUCGACUGCAUGCAUUGGGAUUGAAAAAAUUGCCCAAUGGCGUGGCAAGGACAAUAUACGGGAUACAAAGGGAGGCCAACCAUUGUGCUGGAAGUUGUAGCGUUAUACGACACCUGGAUUUGGCAUGCCUUCUUCGGAAGUCCCGGAUCAAACAAUGACAUAAGCACGCUUGGAGUCUCCCCGCUGGAGGAUCAUAGCCGUUGAAAAAAUGACUGUUGGAAAGUGGUCAUUGCAAAAAAUGGCCGUUGAUCGAUUCUGUUCGUUAAAUACAAAAACAAACAUAAACAAACAAACCUUAACAAAUUAAUCAGGAAAAA